UGCAUUUAUAGCUAAGUUGAACGCUGAAAGACUCAAAGCGCUCCUGACCUGACGACGCUCGCUGCUCGAACGCUGCAGACGCGCCACUGCCCUGUCAAAUUCAUUCUGCUAUUUGUAGGUUUUGGGGUUGGAAGAUUUUGGGAAAUGGAUUUUGAUGAGAUUGAGUAUCUUGAAAGCACAGUGGAAAAUCCGGAGCUUAAGAAGUCGGGGACUAAUACAAAUGGGGGUGAUGGUGGAGCAGUUGAGCAUGGUGGAGAGAAGAGGCGCAAGAGCUCAAGGUACAGCAGUGAUGAGGAUGGCGAUGAUUUGAAUGGGAUCUCAAAGCGGUCAAGAAAUGAGUCUGAUGACCGUGAGAAAGAUAGGAGCUCUCGAUAUAGAGAAAAGGAUAAAGGUGAUAAAGACAGACGUGUGAGUAGCCGAGAGCACAGAAACAGGGAGAAGGAAGAGGGCAGUGGAAACGAACGAAGCAGGGAUAGAGGACGUGAUAGAGACAGGGAGAGGGGUAGUGACAAAAGAAGGGAUGGUAACAGAGAAAGGAGAGAGCGUGAGCAUGGAAGAGAGAGGGACAAGGAAGAUGAGAGAGAGAGAUCCAAGCGCAGCAGACAUCAGUUGGAAAGGAGUACGAAUGGACGGCCAAGAGAAAGAAGUCGGGACGUAGAGGUUCCAGAUAAAGAUCAUAAAGAAAGGCACAGGGAUAAGGAGUUCAGAGAUCAAGAUCAAGAAAACAGAAAACACAGAGAGAAAAAAGAAGAAGCAGUGCAGCCGGAAGCUGAUCCCGAACGAGAUCAAAGGACAGUUUUUGCAUAUCAGAUUUCCUUGAAAGCGGGCGAAAGAGAUGUCUACGAAUUCUUCUCUAGGGCUGGAAAGGUCAGAGAUGUACAACUCAUAAUGGAUCGAAACACCAGGCGUUCCAGAGGAGUUGGAUACAUUGAAUUCUAUGAUGUGAUGUCUGUUCCCAUGGCAAUAGCCCUUUCGGGCCAGCCACUUCUUGGUCAGCCAGUUAUGGUUAAACCAUCAGAAGCUGAAAAAAAUCUUGUUCAGUCAACAACUGCCGUCUCAAAUGGAGGUGGGCUUGUUGGCCAAAGCUCCGGGGAAGCUAGAAAGCUGUAUGUUGGAAACUUGCCAAUUACCAUCAAAGAAGAUCAAAUUCGCCUGGUAUUUGAAUCUUUUGGCACUGUUGAGCUAGUGCAGAUGCCCGUUGACCCAGGAACUGGGAACUGCAAAGGUUAUGCUUUUGUUCAGUUUUCACGCCUUGAAGAUGCAAAGGCUGCCCAAAAUUUAAAUGGCCAACUUGAGAUUGCUGGAAGAGUGAUCAAGGUCUCUGCUGUCACAGAUCAAGUUGGAAUGCAAGAUGCAGGGGCCAAAGCUGUUGAUUUUGAUGAUGAUGAGGGCAGUGGUCUGUCCUUAAAUGCACAAUCUCGAGCACUUCUAAUGCAGAAAUUGGAUCGCACAGGGGCUGCUUCAAGCAUGACUGGUUCGUCAGCUGCACCAGUUUCUGUUCCAGUUCUUCCUGGGUUGACAUCUGCAGAUCUUUCUAUGCCGGCUCUUCCUGUGCCAUCUGCUGAUACGAUUGGUGCACCUAGUGAAUGCUUAUUGUUGAAGAAUAUGUUUGAUCCAAACUUGGAAACCGAGCCAGAUUUUGAUCUGGAUAUAAAGGAAGAUGUCAGUGAAGAAUGCUCGAAAUUUGGAAAGCUAAAACAUAUCCAUGUGGACAAGAACUCAGCUGGCUUCGUGUACCUGCGGUUUGAAAACGCACAAUCUGCAAUUGCUGCACAGCGCGCUCUCCAUGGAAGAUGGUUUGCUGGAAAGAUGAUUACUGCUACAUUCAUGACCCUACAGAAUUUCGAGGCUAAAUUUCCCGAUAGCAGCUAAAAAAGUGAUUCAGUGGCCAUAAUCUUCUCUCACCUUGUUCAAUUUUGGUAGCAAAGAAUUCGCAGAUCGCAUGUGGGGGUGUUCGUAUCCGGUGUUUACUCUGGGAGUCUGGUUGGUUAAUUGUAAGCUAUAAAAAGAUAAAAAGAGUUAAAACAGUAACCAUUCCUCUGCUGCCUUUUUAUUUUAAAAUUUUUUUUUACCUAUUUUGUGUAAGAAUGCCCCUAGAAUUACCUGACUGGUAAUUCUCUAGUGUUUGUGUUUGGUGAUGAUGAAUUUCAUAUAAUUUGGCAGGAGAGAUAUAUGUUGUGCCCCUCCCUCCUUUAUGAAUCAGGUAGAACUCUUAAUGUCAAAUUUAGCCUAUUGAGAUAGAUCCCUGUUGGGUUGAUUUGAAAAGUGGAACCUCAGGUUGUUUUAUUUCAGCAGGUCUGAUUGUCGAAAACUGGAAUGUUGUUGUUUAUGAAUGAUAUAUUGCAAACUAGUUUGUCGA